AUGUCUUUAGCCACCCGCGAUGCCCUGGAGUUUCCCGACUCCGAUCGGGUCUUCCUGGAGCCUCAUUUGCCUCUCCGGGAUACCCCACAAAUUCAGGACAGCUCAGCCCCGCAAUCUGAUAUGCCUUUCACAACACUUACUUUCGCAACGUCACUGGAUUCUUCUCUUGCCUUAUCGCCUGGUGCGCGAACAGUGCUCUCUGGCCCUCAGUCAAAGGCCAUGACUCACUACUUACGCUCCCGUCACGAUGCUAUACUCAUUGGUGUCGGAACAGCACUGGCCGAUGACCCUGGCCUCAAUUGCCGAAUUUCCGGCGUUGGGGGGUAUGGCAAAGAAGGCCUGGAGGGUCAACCUCGGCCUGUAGUGAUUGAUCCAACUGCUAGAUGGGAUUUUUCCGAGGAUAGCAAACUGUUUCAGUUGUGCAGACAGGGGCAAGGCCAAGCACCUUGGAUUGUGACCGCACUUGCUGAACCCCCGGUCGAGAGGAAAACACUUUUGGAGAAAUAUGGUGGGAAAUUUAUUUCACUGCAAAUGAGUGUUGCCGAAAAUGGGAAACAUGUUAUCGAUUGGAAGGCACUGCUUGUGACACUUCGGGGUAAUGGCAUUCAAAGUGUCAUGAUUGAAGGAGGCGGUCAGGUCAUCAAUUCUUUACUCGCUCCAGCGUAUAUGUCUUUGAUCGAUAGUGUUAUCGUGACCAUUGCGCCAACAUGGUUGGGUCGGGGAGGUGUUGUGGUGUCUCCCGACAGACGCUUUGAUCAAGACGGAAAUGCCAUGUCUGCAGCGAGGUUGAAGAAUGUCAAAUGGUACCCAUUUGGAGAAGACGUGGUUCUAUGUGGCCAAGUCAAAAACUGA